ACCAAGCGGUAAAAUUUCCAUUAACCUCAUUCCCGGCCCCGGAUUCAAGGUACACGAUACGAGGCAUUGCGAGCCGCCGGCUUCUUCGACCGCAUCCUUUUCUGUGAUGCCCCCAUUGUCGUUUGCCGAAUCUCUGUAACAUCCAAUACCUUUUCCGCCCGGCCCAUACUCUGAACCAUGGCGGACUCCAAACCUACGCCGCCCGAGGCGGUCGCAACCUCGAACCCGACCCCCUCAACGUCUGCCACGGCCACGACCACGAACACGACCGCCACCGCCUCGGCCGCUGAGGGCUACAAAGCCGCGAAACCGAACCCCGUAUGGCAGAUGAUGGGCCUCCGCGGGCCCCCGAAGCGCCUCCCCUCGCGCAACUGGAUGAUCUUCCUCUCCCUGACGGGCGCCUUCUCCGCCGCCAUCAUCUACGACAAGCGCGAGAAGAACCGUGCCACCGCCCGCUGGGCCCGCGCCGUCGCGCCCCUUGCCCGGGAGCCCGUCGGCAGCCCCUCCCAGAUGCCGCGCAAGCUCACCAUCCUCCUCGAGGCGCCCCCUGGCGACGGCCUGCGCGUCGCCCAGGACCACUUUCUCGAGUACGUCAAGCCCAUCCUGGCCGCCUCCGGCCUCGACUGGGACUUCGUCCAGGGCCGCCAGCAGGGCGACGUCCGCGCCGCCGUCGCCGAGAAGAUCCGCCGCCGCCGCUCCCGCGACGAGCGGCCCGACCAAGAGCUGCUGCCCACCGAGGAGAACCUCCGCGACGCCGUGCGCCGGAAGAACGGCGUCCCCGAGUACGACGGUCCCGCCGGCGAUAUCGUCAUCGGUCGCCACACCUGGAAAGAGUACGUCCGCGGCCUGCACGAGGGCUGGCUCGGCCCCCUCGACCCGCCGCCCAAGCCCGAGGCCGCCGUCCCAACCACCUCUUCUUCGCAGACCGCCGAAGGCGAUGACGCCCUCGCCGGCAGCACUGAAGGAGAAAAAAAGGACGACGAACCCCCCAAGGAGGAAGAAAAGAAGCCCGACCGCCCGCCCCAGCCGGUCCCCCACAACACCCCCCUCGACUACGCGGCCUCCCACCUGCCCCCGCACAUUCCCGACGAGUUCUCCCCGUCGGACGCCAUCCCCUUCCCGCACCUCCUCGGCUUCGCCGGCACCUUGACCCGCCUGCAGCGCUUCCUCACCCGCCGCCGCCUCGCCGACGACAUCGGCCGCCAGGUCGCCGCCGCCUGCUUCGCCACCUCGCGCGAGUGGCGCGGCGACGAGGAAGAGCAGCAGCGCGCCCUCGAGCACGAGCAGGCCAACUGGGUCAAGAGCGUGUGGAAGGAGGCCGCCGAGGCGCCCGAGUCCGCCGACGAGGCGGAGCGCGCCAAGGAGCGCGUCUGGACGAGCCCCGUCGUCGUCGACCCGCGCAUCGCCGGGCGCAUGCGCCGCUUCGAGAUGCGUCCGGAGGACGAGGAGCGCGCGCGCCAGAUCGUCGUGCCCGAGGAGGAGGUCGAGGGCUGGAUCAAGGGCAGCCUGCGGUCGCUGGGCCGCUGGGCCCGGGACGCCGUCAGCGGCGGCCGGCCCAAGGGCCCCAACGUCGGCGACAUUGACGAGUGAGACCCGGGAGGAGAGAUGUGUGUGAGGAAGCGAGAGAUAGAUGUAUGACUAACUAUACCCCGGCCGCCAGGGGGGGGGACAAACCCAUAUUGUAAUUCUAGCUUGUAGUUUGAUCAUGUUACCGGGGGCGCGUGCGUGCAUGGAUGGCGAUGGGCAGGGCAUUAUAGACUUGGUUUUGCCGGGCAAAGAAAAAAAAGGCUCGCCCGUCGAUAUGACGAAUAUUACCGUACACUCUCCUCUUUUCUCCUUUUCUUUUCUUUUUUCCCCCCGUCCACCUAGCGUUUCGUCGUCUACAUCAAUCGUGAGUUUUUUCGUGCAUGCGUAGCCCCCCCU